AUGCCUGACAUAGAUCCAGCGGCCCUGAGCAGGCCGCCAAUCUCGACAACUCCCAUCCUGCCUCCGAAAACUCUCAGCGCAUCAAUUAUUCCCCCUCCGAAGGUUGCGAAAUCCAAUCAUGUCCCUCCUCGGAUUGACCUGGAACCGCUCUAUACCGCGCUCAAAGCUGCGAUUGGGGAGAAUUGGAAGACGUAUAAGGAAGCAUUGGGUCUUUUCAUGUUGGGCAAACUUGACCAGUCAGAAUUAUCUAAGCGAAUUGAUUGGUUUCUGAUUACUCCAGCUGGGGAGAUCGAGCAUUGUCAUAACCAGCUCAUUGCAGCAAUAUAUGCAAAUGUUACUAGGGAAAUUCCAGAUGCGGGCGUGGCUAGUUGGGUCAGCGCCAAUGAUAAGCCUACGGUGGGAACGGGAAGCAAGCCAGUUACUGGCGAUGCGGCCGAACAAAGACUGAAAACGGAGGUCAUGCAAUUGCCUAGUAGAGAUCGAAGAAGGAUAAAAGACCUUAGUUUAAACGAGACUGAUCCCCAGGAUGCCUUUACAAUCGUUUUUGGCGAACAUCGCCGACCGAAGGUUGCUAGAAUCACAGAUACAGUUCCCGCCAGCGCUGGGGGGCUCAACAAAACAAACUGGGACCUAGAGAUUCGUAAAAGAUACGCACAGACACUUGCGGUUGAGUCAGGCGAGUUUCCGGACAUGCAAGGUAUUGAGUCGCGGAUGUUGCCCAUCUGUUAUGAAGGCGGCCUUACUUCUGGACACGUUCCGGAUGCUGCCCAAUUUAUGUCUGUUGCAACCGAAACAUUUUUGAAGGAAGUGCUUUCCUCAAUUUUUAGCAAGACGAGGAGUAAUGGCCCUGGAACAGCUGGAAGCGCUGGUACAGGUGGUGGUGCUGCUUGGAUUCAAACCCAGAAAUAUCGUGUUCAACUCGAAAAGGAGGAAGAAGCUUGGUUGCGAGGAGAGAUACAGAGAGAUAAAGUCGGACUGUUACCGGUUGAAGCCAAAGCAGCCAGUGACCGAGCGCCACUGGGGAUGGCAGAUGUUCGAACUGCUCUCGAGCUAGGUGAUUGUGGUCUAGGUCAGAUGCCUGUUGUUAUGGAGCAGAUAGUGUUUGGUUACCGAGAAGGGGAGCUGGAGGCGUGGGAUGACUAUUCUUACCUUGAGGGAUAUUCUAUUCCUCCAAUCCAAGACAUCGACGGAGACACUACAAUGGGGGGCACAAAUGGUGUCAGCGGUACGAACGGCGUCAACCAUGAUUACGAUGCUGAAAGCGAUUCAGGAUGGGUCGGUGGCGAAUUUGAAGACAAGGCUGAGCUUGACGAUCUUCUUGAUUCAUGUCUUGCUAUUGGAGCUUAA